CGAUCCAAUCUUCCACGUCAUAUACGGUCCAAACCAUACACGGUUACACACACACACACUCUCUCUCUCUCUCUCUCUCUCUCUCCUCUGCCUCCGACGCCACUGCCACUGUGACUGCCGCACCGCCGCCGCCAUCACCUCCGUUACCGCCCUCCCUCUCUCUCUCUCUCUCUCUCUCUCUUCUUGGCCUGUUGUUUCAGGACAUCGAUUUGCUUCCGCCAACACUUCCGUCUUCACCAUCUUCAUGCCAUUUUUGGACGACGACGAUAUGAGAUAUGAAGGCUUCAAAUCUGUUGGGUUUGUGGUAGAUUUGAGAUGUGAGGGCUCUUCCUCUGCUGCUACAACCACCGAGAUGAACGAUGGAGGCUAAAUCUGUUUGAAGGCUUCAAAUCUGCUGGAUUUAUGGUAAACCUGCUUGAUCGAUCUCAUUUUGUGCUUUGAUUUGGUUUUUUUUUUAAGAUUGAUAUUAAUCAUUGAAGAUGUUUGGGAGAGCACCUAAGAAGUGCGAUAACACAAAGUACUAUGAAAUUCUUGGGGUUUUGAAGAACGCUUCACAGGAUGAUCUGAAGAAGGACUAUCGUAAAGCUGCCAUCAAAAACCAUCCUGAUAAUCCUGAAAAGACAAGAAAUGCAACAAGGUUAGUUGCUCCAGCUAUUGCUGCGGGUUUAGGUGCCUUAACACAUAAAAUCGGCACCCUCGUCCCUGUGAUAGGAGCAAGUGGAUUUACUACAACUAUUGCUGCAACUGCAACUACUAUAGAAACUGUUGUCGGUAGUUUUAGAUAAUCUCUUAAUAGUUGUCGAUAUGUUUAGAAAGUUAGAUAUGCAUAGUUUUGGAUGGUUUAAACUUUUUUUACAGUUUAGAAUUUAAGGAUAUAGUGUUUGGAAUGUAUAAACAAUUGUUAAAUGUUUAUAAUUUAUGGAUAUAGUUUCUUUUUGAUGUUUCAAA